CAAACACGAACCACUAUAAAAGCCAGUGGGGUAGCCGGCAAUGGCAUCAGUACCUUCUCGGAGAGAUUCGAUAAACGACAAUGCAGCUGAUUCCGUGUGUUCUUCUUUUGGCGGUCGCUGCGGCUGACCCGCAGUUUCAGCCAGAAUCUCAAUCAGUCGGCAGUCUGAACUACAUCCCCACUAUCCGUACAGGCACGAGACCUACCCAGAAUAUCAAUCCCGCCACAGAUCCCGACCAAAGCCGAGGCUCCAGCUCCCAGAUCACUCUCCGAUCAGCCCGGGACACCGGAUCCCGCACAAACUUCGCUUCAAGCACACCUAGAAUCUCCUUCGGUUCAAUUCCACAGCCGUCCGGCAACCUACGCCAAAACUUUGGUCAGGUCCAGAACAUCGCCGUAUUUGGACGGCGACAGCAGCAGGUGAAACUGCAGCCAUCGCUCAAUGGCGAGCAGCCAGCUGUCAUUCUGCUGCGGCAGAGUUUUGAUCAGGAUCUGGCAGGAAACUACCAGUACAGUUACCAACUCAGCAAUGGUCAGCAGGUGGAGGAGGCGGGCCGCAUUCAGCCGGGGACCCAGCCCGAGACCGGCACCAUAGACCAGCUGGGACACUUCGAAUACGUCAGCGAUGACGGCAACACCUACCGCGUCGACUACCUGGCCAACGAGGGUGGCUUCCAGCCGCAGGCCGCCCACCUGCCAGUGGCGCCGGCUCAGAUUCCCGAGUACGCCCAGCUGAGGCAGGAGCACCCGGAGCUCUUCUGGGCUGAGGAAGGUGGGGCCGGCGCCAACCAGCAGAAAUUUGGGAAGGACGGAGGGCAGUUCUUCUUCUAGCUAUGAAAGCUGUCGGAUUCUAGUUGCUUACAGGUGAUUAGUGAAGUAUUUCUCUGUUGCUGUUGGUUUAUGUUUUAAUCGUGUUGUUUAUGCAAGCAGUCGGUAUAAACCGUGUUAUUUUAAUAUAGCUUUACUAGAAAUAUGUUGUGUAGUCACAUUGUGGGUAACAGCUACGCUCUCGUGUUAUAUUUAUCUAUGAGCGGAAAAUAAAUCCAUCACCUUUCGUA